GGGCUGCGGGUGUCCUCGGCGGCCGCCGCAGCGUCCGCGGCGACGGCACGGUCCUCGCGGCCUCGCAGCCAGCGCUCGGGCCGGCCGCCGAAUGCCCGUGGACGCGCAUCUCCUCCCCGAGUUCCUGCUUCCCGGGCCAGCCAAAGCCGCAGGGAACAGCAUGGGCUCUUGCCUGCUGUGAUCGCCUCAAAGAAAGAGCAGAGGACAAGGCUGAAGAGGCACCUGGAUCAAGGACUGAUAAAGAAUAUGGCUGUUGCCCCUAAAUUCUACAAGCAUGGCAAGAAGCUGGCUGGUGUAGCAGAAAGCCGCAAUGGGCAGGAGAGCACUGUGCACAAGAGGGAGGCCAGGUCCCACAAAGUUCCACAGGAGGGAAGUUCUCAGGGAACUCAUAUGCCUAGCCAGCAGAGAGAAUGGGCAAUUCUGCCCCAUGUUCCAGUGAAAUUGGAGCAGCAACCAACGAUUUCUUUUUCCUGGGCACCUCGUGAUCCAUCUGUCAGGCCCAAAAGAUUUUCAAGUGCGACCCUGCAACCCAGUGCUACCCCUGGCCCUCUUCUUCUGCAGCCACAGGUCCCUAAUGCCACCAAGCAGGAUUCUGUUGUUGCUCUCUUAGAGUGGCAGAGGAAGCUGGAGGCUGCAGGGCCAACUCUCAGGAUC